AUGCCGGCUGUGAAGCUGGAGCGAGUUGGGCGAGUUGCCAGAAUUCUGUUGAACAUGCCGGAGAAGAUGAAUGCCAUGACAUCAGAGGUUGUGGACGACUUUGGCAAGGUUCUGGACAAGAUCAGGACAGACUCUUCUGAGUAUGGUGCUGUUGUAAUCACCGGCGCCGGCAAGUCGUUCUCCGCCGGUGGUGACCUUGCAUGGUUGAAGCUACGUGGCAAAGACACGCCCUCCAGAAAUUCGCAGAUCAUGCAUGACUUCUACCACCGAUUUCUAGCCAUUCGAUCCCUGCCUUUGCCGGUCGUGGCUGCGAUCAAUGGGCCCGCUGUUGGGGCUGGAAUGUGCCUGGCGAUGGCAUGUGACAUCCGCGUCGCCUCGCAAAGUGCAAAGAUGGGCUUUCCUUUUGUCUCCCUUGGACUCCAUCCAGGAAUGGGUGCGACUCAUAUGAUUCAAAGCGUCGCCGGCUUCGAAACUGCUUACAGGCUGCUGCUCACAGGAGACUUGGUGAAUGGGCUGGAAGCCAAAGAGCUUCGCCUGGUGUCGCAAGUGGCGCCUGAUGGGCCGACAGCCCAAGCACAAGCCAUGGAGCUCGCCGGGCGCAUUGCCCUCCAAGCUCCUGUGGCGGUCAGGUCCCUGGUCCGCUCUCUCCGCCGCAAGCAAGAGGAGGGACUCGAGGCCGCCCUCUGGCGCGAGGCGGAUGCCCAAGCGCACUGCUAUGCAACCCAUGACCUCUCCGAGGGUCUUAAGGCGUCCCUCGAGCGCCGCCCACCGCGCUUUGAGCUCAACGAGAGCUAUGCGGACGUGGAUCCACCCCCGAAGCCCAAGAGCAACUUGUGA